AUGGACCUGGGGGCCGGGGCCGGCGCCGGGCCGCAGCGGGCUCGCGGCCGCCUCGGCGCGCCGUCGUCCGGGAUGCGGGCCCCGGGGACGCCCUGGGCACGCUUCUCGGCCUGGCUGGAGUGCGUGUGCGUGGUCACCUUCGACCUGGAGCUGGGCCAGGCGCUGGAGCUGGUGUACCCCAGCGACUUCCAGCUCACGGACAAGGAGAAAAGCAGCAUCUGCUACCUGUCCUUUCCCGACUCCCACUCAGGCUGCCUUGGGGACACGCAGUUCAGCUUUCGUAUCCGUCAGUGUGGAGGGCAGAAGCGCCGCGGGCACGCGGGUGAGAAGCGCGGCGACAGUGGGGCCCCCGCGUCACUUCAGAGGGAGCCUGCACACUACUUUGGCUACGUGUACUUCAGGCAGGUGAAGGACAGCUCCGUGAAGCGGGGCUACUUCCAGAAGUCGCUGGUGCUGCUGUCCCGCCUGCCCUUCGUCCGGCUGUUCCAGGCGCUGCUGGGCCUGGUGGCCCCCGAGUUCUUCGACAAGCUGGCGCCCUGCCUGGAAGCAGUCUGCAACGAGAUCGACCAGUGGCCGGCCCCCGCACCGGGGCGGACCCUGAGCCUGCCCAUCAUGGGAGUCGUCCUCCAGGUGCACAUCCCAUCGAGAGCGGACACGCCUGACCCCGGGCCUCCGGAGCCCAGCAGCCACGAGACCUUGCUGCCAGCCCCGGUGGUCCUCCCCAGUGUCCACGAGCUGGACCUGUUCAGGUGCUUCCGGCCUGUGCUGGCCCACGUGCAGCUGCUGUGGGAGCUGAUGCUCCUCGGGGAGCCCCUGCUGGUCCUGGCGCCCUCGCCCGCCGUGUCCUCAGAAAUGGUCCUGGCGCUGACCAGCUGCCUGCAGCCCCUCAAGUUCUGCUGCGAUUACCGCCCCUACUUCACCAUCCAUGACAGCGAGUUCAAGGAGUUCACCACGCGCACGCAGGCCCCACCAAACGUGGUCCUGGGAGUCACAAACCCUUUCUUUAUCAAAACACUUCAGCACUGGCCCCACAUUCUCCGAGUUGGGGAGCCCAAGACGUCAGGGGACCUUCCCAAACAGGUCAAACUGAAAAAGCCCUCGAGGCUGAAGACCCUGGACACGAAGCCAGGUCUGUGUUCCUCUUCUCCUCCCGGGACCCAGAGACAGGCCUUGGGGGUGGGCAGGGGCGGGCAGUGGGGCUGGCACAGCCAGAGGGGGUGCCCCCACCCCCAGAGCAGAGCACGUGGCCCUCUGCCCUCCCCAGGCCUCUACACCGCAUACACGGCCCACCUCCACCGAGACAAGGCCCUGUUCAGACGGCUGCUGAAGGUACUGCUGGGGGUGGGGUGCUCCCUGUGGGAAGGGGACCCAGGCCUGGCGCUUCGGCUCAGCCCUGGCGAUCCCCAGGGCCUGCAGAAGAAGCGGCCGUCAGAUGUGCAGACGGCGGUGCUGAGGCGGCACCUCUUGGAGCUCACUCAGAGCUUCAUCAUCCCUCUGGAGCACUACAUGGCCAGCCUCAUGCCGCUGCAGAAGGGCAUCGUGCCCUGGAAGACUCCUCCCCAGAUCCGCCCCUUCCGCCAGGAUGACUUCCUGCACAGCCUGGAGCGAUCGGGGCCCCAGCUCACCUGUGUCCUCAAGGGCGACUGGCUGGGCCUUUACAGGCGGUUUUUCAAGUCCCCCCAUUUUGACGGGUGGUAUCGGCAGCGGCGCAGGGAGAUGGCCCAGAAGCUUGAGGCCCUUCACCUCGAGGCCAUCUGUGAGGCGAACAUCGAGCUCUGGAUGAAGGACAAGUCCGAGGUGGAGGUUGUGGAUCUGAUCCUGAAACUUCGGGAGAGGCUGGUUCGGGCACAGGGCCACCAGCUGCCCGUGAAGGAGGCGACCCUGAAGCGGGCACGGCUGUACAUCGACACAGCCAUCGGCUCCCUGCCCAAGGACCUGCAGGCCGUCCUGUGCCCUCCCUAGGAUGGUGCCCGUGGGCCGCGGCCAGAGUCUGGCCGAGCUGCUUUCCUCCCCCGCCCCCCCACAAGUUCCCUGAUGCCCCCCACCUGGCACUACCACUGUCCAGCAGUAAAGGUGGCAUUCGGAGCCAUAGCCUGGACCCUGACUGUUGGUGGCUCGUAUGCUAGCUGAGCUCACCUCCCCCUGGGCCCCACCUGCCUACUCCAGGGUCUUAGGCGGAUGGGGGUGGCACGCUGUGAGCCCUCACCGAUCUGAUCUGGGCCAAGGCCACCCACCCCCUCCAGA